UGGAACGGAAGAAGAGGAGCAAGUUCCUUCUGGAGGAAUCGGAUGUUGGUGACUGGAGAGGAAGGAAGGAGCGACUGAGGAGAAAGAUAGGCUCCACGUUCCCAACGAGAUGCCUCACACAGGUCAAGCUGGAGUGAAUCAACUGGGGGGUGUUUUUGUGAAUGGCAGACCACUUCCAGACUGCGUGAGGCAAAGAAUUGUUCAACUGGCAUUGGUUGGUGUUCGACCUUGCGACAUUUCCAGACAACUUUUGGUAUCACAUGGCUGUGUUUCAAAAAUUUUAACGAGAUUUUAUGAAACCGGAAGUAUCAGGCCUGGCAGUAUUGGUGGAAGCAAAACUAAGCAAGUGGCCACGCCGAGUGUUGUGAAGAAAAUCCUGCGGAUGAAACAGGAAAAUCCGACUAUGUUCGCAUGGGAGAUAAGGGAAGCAUUGGCUCGACAGGGAGCUUGCGAUCCUCAAAGCUUACCUUCCGUGUCUUCGGUCAACCGGAUACUAAGGGGUGGAGGUUUACAGACUGAAAAUUCUGGAUUCGAGGGUGGAUCUUCUACCACUUACCAGCCACAAAUCCCGGCCCACGUUGGUGGUGUUAGAGAACCACUUCUGCGCGGUGAUUAUCAAUUUUUCUAUCCUGGAGCGUUAGGCCCUUUGCACGUUUCGACUUCAGGAAAUUCUGGAGCGCCAACCUGGAAUCCAACUUUUUAUUCUUCUCUUUAUCAAGCUACCACUUUGCAUUUGCAUCACGAAUCACAAUCCAUGGACUCAGACCGACUCGCUGAUCGUCAGGAGAGCCAAUCUCAGGUGGAGUUGAAAUCCAGUUCGAGUUCGAUGGCCGGAAGCGACGACUCCCUGGACAAAAGUGACCUGGACGAAACAACCGAGUCCCAAGACCACUUUAAACCUUACCAAAGAUCUCCAAUCAUCCUCGAGCUGGGACAAAAAGUUGGAAGCGAGCGGAGCGCCUUCGUGAGACACGUAGUUGGAAACCCAAACGAGAAUUUCGAGAAUUCCUCUCGAAAUCCUCCGUCGCCAGUGGAAAACCCACCUAGGAAUCUCCUCACUCGAGGGAUUCUCGGGGGCGAACAAAAUUCCAGCGACGUUAGUACUGGCAUUGAAAAUCAACCGCCUCCAAGGAAGAAGAAUCCUUAUUCAAUAGAAGAAUUGUUGAAAAAAGACGAGACCAAAACGAGUUCAAAAAGGCCCAGGCUUCUUAAUACUGGAGUCGUUCAACCCUGCGGCAUCGUCGUCGGAAAAGAAGUUUGA